GGGCAAAAGAACAAAACCCUACUAACACCUUUCUCCCUGUUUACGCUUUUACUUUUCCAGACGGAAGCGCUAACUCCCUCCAGAUUUUACACUCUCUACUCGGCGCUCUCGCCGAUGUCCUAAGCGGCCAUCGAUGACCUUCAGGCAACUUUAUCUCGGUAUUGGGACAUCCGCCACCGUGCAAAAUGAAGACCUUGAGGAGAUGCGUCGAACCAUUCAACAACUUUUUAAGAACUGUGAUGAACGACAAAAAAGAAAGCAUGAAGAGAAAAUUAGAGACGCACUUAGAAAUGACAUCGAUUCACUCAAGGCUCAAGUGAACCACUUAAUCGGCCUGCCCCGCUCUCCACCAAAAAGCCACAUUUAUGAAGAGGAUGAAAGUGAUGAAAAUAAUACAAAUGAUGAAGAAGAUGAGGGGGAAACCGAAGAUGAGUGAUUGUAUGUUUGGUUGGAUUGUUGUUUAAUUGGGUGUUAACUUUGAAUGUUACAUUUUGAUGUCUGGUUGGAUAAUUUUGAUGUUUGAUGGGAUAAUUUGGAUAUUUGGAUGUUUGAUGGGAUGAUUUGGAUGUUUGGAUAUAGUUUAUAAAAUUUUGUUGUUAAGUUGAGUUUUAUUGCGGUUGUAUUUUGGUUUGUAUUGUAAUAUUCUACUGGCAGGUGGUGCAACAAAAAAUAGGCAUUUCCUGCCAAAGAUGUACCAGAUUUACCGAGGGACUUACCGAUAGAGUCCGUCAGAACAAUUAUUUAUUUUCAAUCAAGAAUUCUUAAU